AUGGAGCCGACGUGCAUGGGUCGUCUUUUAACUCUCAUCCUGCAACAUUAAACGUGGAACCGCACAGCUGAAUGUAAACAUGGCUGAGGUGGCCACCCAGCUCCUACGGGAUAAAUUUCCCAACAUCGACGAGGAAAUAUUCCAAUAUGUGGAAGGUGUAUUAAAUUCUUCAGACGAUUUACAUAGUGGAGAAGAUGUAUAUGAAGCCAUUGGAAGUUUGCUGGAAGAUGCAGUUGGAGUGGAGAGAGAAGGAGAAAUACGGAAAUUGUGUGACAUGUUUGUACCAAAUGUAUCCAUAUCAAAUGGUACCACCAGCGCUACUGCAGGAAAUCGAAUAUUGGAUGCCCCUGUUCAGUUGUCAGAAAUGGCAGCCAAUAUGGAGCAGGAAGAAGAAGCUAUUAAAUCAGUGUGGUCAAAGGAUCGAGAUGAAGCUCUUAAAGUUGACCAGCGAAAGCUAGAUAAAGCUGAAGCAAAACUGAAAGAAAAGAAAGAGAAACGAACAAACUUGGAUAAGAAAGAUCAACCAGCCAUUAUCAUAGAUAUGGCUACAGCAUCCCAGGUUGUCAGUAAAAAGGAAAGAGUCUUAGAUGCUAAAGGUGGCUGCAACACUAAAGACAUCAGAAUAGAAAGUUUCGAUGUAGCAUUUGGCGAAAGGGUUCUUAUUCAGAAUGCCACCAUAUCUUUGGCUUUUGGAAGACGAUAUGCACUGGUUGGUAGGAAUGGUUUGGGGAAAACGACAUUAUUGAGAAUGAUAUCCAGCCGAUCGUUACGCAUCCCCAGUCAUGUGUCCGUCUUACAUGUUGAACAAGAAGUGACAGGUGAUGACACAAUAGCCUUGGAAAGUGUACUGGAAUGUGAUGUUCAGCGUAACACACUGCUUAAGAAAGAAAAGGAAAUUCAAGCGAGAAUGGCGCAGGGAGAUCCCGACGAAACGUUGUCAUCUCAGUUAUCGGAGGUAUAUGCAGAGUUGCAAGCCAUUGAAGCAGACAAAGCUCCGGCUAAAGCAAGUGUCAUUCUUAGUGGUCUUGGGUUUAAUCCUGAAAUGCAGACAAGAAAGACAAAAGAAUUUUCUGGUGGUUGGAGAAUGAGAAUAGCAUUAGCCAGAGCACUGUUCUCCCAACCUGAUUUAUUGUUACUUGAUGAACCUACGAACAUGUUGGAUAUGAAAGCCAUUAUUUGGUUAGAGAAUUACCUCAUGGGGUGGCCAACGACAUUGUUAGUGGUCUCUCACGAUCGUCACUUUCUGGAUAUUGUGCCAACUGAUAUAUUGCACCUUCACACUCAGACCAUAGACACUUAUAAGGGUAAUUAUGAAAACUUCGUUUCGACCAAGAAUGAACGUCAGAAGAACCAGCAGAGAGAAUACGAAGCCCAGGCUCAGUUUAGAGCCCAUGUGCAAGAGUUCAUAGACAAAUUCCGUUACAAUGCUAAGCGUGCGUCUUUAGUCCAGUCGAAAAUUAAGAUGUUAGAAAAGCUACCUGAACUUAAACCUGUAGAGAAGGAAACUGGGGUAGUUUUACGUUUCCCCGAGGCUGAAAAACUUAAUACGCCGAUAUUGCAGUUGGAUGAGGUGCAGUUUGAAUACAAGAAAGGCACUGUAAUUUUCUCAGGUGUCAAUCUAUCUGCUGCCAUGAACUCUAGAAUAUGUAUUGUUGGUGAAAAUGGCACAGGUAAAACUACGCUACUAAAGAUUCUUUUAGGAGAAUUGAGUCCUACCAAAGGUCAUAGAGUCUGCAAUAGGUCAUUACGUAUAGGAUAUUUCACACAGCAUCAUGUGGAUCAGCUAGAUAUGAGAGUAUGUCCUGUAGAGCUACUACAAAAUAAGUAUACAGGUAAAACGGUUGAAGAGUAUCGUCGGCAACUGGGUUCAUUUGGAAUCAGUGGAGAUUUAGCCCUUCAGCAGUUGGCAAGUCUUUCUGGUGGGCAGAAGUCUCGGGUAGCUUUCUCUUUAAUGUGUAUGGGGAAUCCAAACUUCUUUAUUCUUGAUGAGCCUACCAAUCAUCUUGACAUAGAAACCAUAGAGGCUCUAGGAGAAGCUAUUCAAAAGUUUAAGGGAGGUGUAGUGUUGGUAUCUCACGACGAACGCCUCAUCCGCAUGGUCUGUACAGAACUUUGGGUCUGCGGUGACAAGAAAGUUAGAUGCAUGGAAGGUGGCUUCGAUGAAUAUAGAACACUAGUAGAAAAAGAAAUACAAGCUACUUUAUAGAAUUGCUUUUGUUAGGUUUAUGUCUAUUACACCAAAUUUUUAUUGCAAAAAUAUGUACAAUAAUUUUUUUACAUUUUAAGAUACUGUAAAGAUUAUUGUAUAUUAGGUAAUUUAUAUACAUGCAUUUUAAUUUCAGUAAACACUUGACAUGGAUAAUAAACCUCUUUAGGUUGUUCAUGCAAAAUGCAAAUGAGAAUUCCAAGUAUGGUGUGUGGAAGGUGAGUGAAUAGUUAAUGAGUACAUUAUAGCCAUUUCUGUACAAGAGUAUAUCAUUCCAGAGAUGCACGACUGCUAUGCACUGGUCAAAUAUGGUUUAUGCCUCUUUGAGUGUUUACUGCAAUGAGUUAAGUGAUAUGUAAAGAUACACAUCCAUCAUGGCAUACGUAUUUGGAAAAUGGCAUUGUAUGAGAAUGCAAAUAUAUACCGCUUUUUUUACUUUAAGAGUGUUUAUAAAUUACGGCUUAAGUACUGUUACGUAUUUAAUACUUCAGCAGUGCACAUUAAUAAAAUAUACUAAACUCUAA